AUGGCAGAAACAUCAGAAGAGUCCAUAGUCGAUGAGAGACAGGAGCUCAUGGUUUCACCCUCUGGUGAUGACGGUAGCCCCAUUCUCAGAACAGCUCAUUUUCUCAAGCCCUCUGCUGAGACCUUCACUGAUGAAGAAUCCCUUGACCCUGUUUCACGUUCUCGUUCAUCCCUGCCACCUAAGUUUGAUCCAAGUGAGUGGCCUCUGAAUAUUAAUUUCAAUGGAUGGCCAUGCCGACCAAGGUAUUGGAGAAAAUGGGUUCAUUUCUUGCGGCACAAGCAUCAAGCUGUUUGGAAACAAGCUGGUAUUUACAACGGGAUCAUGAAUUCAACAUUCGAAAUAAAGAAAGAUGAAAAUGUGGUUUUGGGGAUCUCUGAGAGAUGGUGUCCCGAGACUAAAUCUUUCAGCUUUCCAUGGGGUGAAGCAACAAUCACCUUAGAAGAUGUAAUGGUUAUGGGGGGUUACUCUGUUUUGGGAGACUCUGUCUUCAGCCCACUCGAGACUGCACAGAUGAAGGAAAUUCAUAAGAAGCUGAUCCAAGCCCAAACACAAUCCGGGAAGAGAAAAUCCCAUACCACCAAUCAAUUAGCAUGGAUGAAGAUGUUCAUGGGGAAGGGAAGCGAAAUCGAGCACGAAGCUUUUCUCGCAACUUGGCUGUCAAUGUUCGUUUUUGCUAAUUCCAACUUGAUCAGGAAGGUUGUUGUCCCUAUCGCUAUCCAUCUUGCUAGAGGAACACGAAUAGCUCUAGCUCCGGCUGUUCUUGCUAGCAUCUACAAAGAUUUGAGUCUGUUGAAAAAAACCAUUGUUGCUUCGACCAAAUUGGAUAGGGGUGAGAAUGGAAACUGUGUGUUGGAGCUCAACAUUUGGUCACCACUUCAGUUACUUCAGAUUUGGGCAUUAGAGAGAUUUACAGCAUUGCAGGCUCAGCCUAAUAUCAUCAAGCGUGGUGACCCAUUUUUUGGUAGAUGGAACAGAAUCAAAAUCUUGAAGCUUGGAGAUGUAAGAUCGGCUCUGGACUCAGCUGGAAAGAGCUUUAAAUGGUGCCCAUUUACCACAAAAGGGGUUUACUGGAAUGGUUCUACACUUUAUGGAGAAAAGGCAAUGUGGGUUCCAGUUGGUCCGGGUUUGAAUGAACAGCAAGAGUCAUUUGCUCGGUGCUUGAGGGUUUCCAAAUUAGUUGGGAUUGAUUGUAUAGAACAGUAUCUGCCUCACCGAGUUGCAAUGCAAUUCGGAAUGGAUCAAGACCUGCCGGGUUGUGUUGCUGAAUCCAAUCAGACUCCAGAGGUUGCAUGGAACAAUUUCAACAAGCCGAUUGGUUGGAAGAAACUAUAUAUACCAUCCAGGCAUUUUGAGGCCGGUGUCACUGCCCGUUACAUGGAAUGGAAGAAGAAGUCAUUGGAUUUACAAGAUGCAAUCAAGGGUAUAGUGAAAAGGCCAAGAAGUGGAAGAUCGUCACCAGAAAAGGGUAUGAAGAAGGGAAAAGUAAUGCAAAAGGCUUCAGAGGUAGAGAUUAAUGGUAAGGAUUUGGAGAAUCCUAAAAGUUUAUCAGCUUCAAUUGCAGAUAACAGAGCUGCUGGAGAAAAUAAGUUGAUGUCAAAAGCAUAUAGCAGAACUACAGAGUGUAAAUGUACAAUUAAAAGGAUUAUAACUUCAGUGGAUGGGUUGAAGAUAACCUCCAAUGAAGCAAAUGAAAGGAAUUCUGGUGAUCAGGAUUCUUCUGGGAGCAAAAGUGAAAGAACUAGACAAAGACAUACCGAACUAGAAGCUCGGAUUUGUAGGCUGGAGAGUUCUGUUGCUAUGAUACGGGCUGCAAGGUUUGGCAAGACCAAGCUGGUCUAG